UUUUUUACAGCUUUUUUCACAGCAAUGUUUGAGGACGCUACAUUUUCAGAGUUUUGGACGACUUGGCCAGGUACGUCAUUUGAAUUCUUCAAUUUGCUUUUUCUUUCACUCUCACUCACUCCCACUCGACUUUAAGCAACAAAGGAAGACGCAGCGGAGGGAAUUCCAAUUCGCGCAAAGAAAUUUGAACUGCGCGCUUGCCUUUGUACAAAGAGACGCACCAUACUCUUUUCUACGGGAAAAUGAUUUUUUUCGUGUUACAUCUCAGCGCUAAUAAUUUCCUGUUUCUUUGCGGAGUCUUUAUAGCCGGUUUAUUAUCAAUGUCCCGAGGAGGAACUGCAAGAAAUCGAAAGAAUCUGUUUCCAGAUUGAGCAGGCGCACUGGUUCUACGAGGAUUUUGUUCGCGAAAAGAACCGCUCAAUGCCCUCCAUGUCGCUAAAGACCUUGCUGCACGCAUGUUCAAACACUGUCCGCUACUUUCACAAUGGGCCCACGACGCAGAAGCAGCCUACCAGACAUUCCUCGACUACAAGUUCAAAGUGCCCGUAUGCGGUGCAAUCAUUCUGAACCCAGAGCUAGACAAAGUGCUCUUGGUCAAGGGGUGGAGCUCGCGGUCGAGCUGGGGCUUUCCGCGCGGCAAAAUCAACAAGGACGAACCCGAAUGGCAAUGCGCACAGCGCGAGGUCAUUGAGGAGACGGGUUCGACAUUUUGCCGUUUUUGGAUUGAGCUCAUGCAGGCGGACCAAAAAAUAUCUCUGUACAUUAUCACCGGAAUCCCAGAAGAAACCGAGUUUCUCCCGAUGGUGCGCAAGGAAAUCAGUCAGAUUCUGUGGCACAACAUCGCCGACCUGCCCUGCAAUAGCCGUCAGGAUCGCGGCCCGACAAACUGCGCUGCGGGCAAUAUGCCGAUCGCCAAUGGGGUGCCCUCGGGGUCAAAGGGCGGUGCCGAGAAGGAGCACCGGUAUUAUUUGAUCAAGCCGUUUGCCAAGCGGAUCAAGGCGUGGGUGGCCAAGCACCCAGAAAAGAUUGGAAAACCGGCGGUUGUCGUCAACAAAAGGGCCAGCCGCCAGCUUCUGCCGCCUCCAGAACACUGCGCCCCCCAGUGCCGUUGCCCCCGCCCGGCUACCACCGCCAGUCCCGCGCUUUUCGGCGGAUCAGGUGCCAUGUCCGUACAGGAGCUGUUCAAAACCGUCGGUCGGGCGAGAUCGCCCGCAAGCAGCAGCCCGCUGAGCCAAACGCCUGCGCACCAGCAGCAUCAAUACCAGAUGUCGCCCAUGUUCGGAUCGCCCUCGCCUGUGCCCCACGUGAUGGGGGCACCCGAGAACAAGGCCGCAUCCCUGCUCCAAACCUUGAUGGGAUCUGGUGGCAGAGCAUCGCCAGCGCCAGUGCUAGCCAAUGCCAAUGGCGAUUAUGUCCAGGGUGGCGACAGCAGCAAGUUUGCGGCGCUGUCGAAUCUGAUGCGUCAGACCGGCAUUUCAUCUACCCCGUCGCCGCAGCAGGCGGCUGCUGGAGGAGGAGGAUUUGUAAACUCGACGCCGCUCAGAGAAUUCAUGUUUGACACCCGGACUAUCAUGAACGAGUAUUACGCGGGCAACUGAAGCGGGGUUAGAAUAAUACCACUACCACAACAAAGAGUGCAGUUCGCCCAUGCAUCUCUCGAAGCAGAGCUCUUUACAAUACGAAUCGGCCAAGGCCAAUAGCUCUUCCUUUUUUAUUCCUAGUUGGUACCGUUAUGUUUGUGUCCUUAUACAAUUUAGAUUGUCCCUUCUCCCAAGCUUCCUACAGUAUAAUUCGGCCACAUUUUUACUUUAAUUUUGGAUUAUCCAAAAAUGAAAUCGGAAUUGGCUGCAGAUGUUUCUGUAGAAAAAGGCAGGGUUUUCUAACCUUGGAUAACAUGCCAGAAUGAAGUGCAGCAAAGUUCCACCAUGCCAAAAUGUCUAUGGCUGACAAAUUAUUUGGCCAUCAGCAACAAAGACAAUAACACGCAUCGCUAUACAUAUAUAUAUCUAUCUAUAUGAUGUACAUAGUUAUCUCAAAAGAAAGCCUCGCGCAUUGUAAGAACAUAAUAAAGCAGAAAUCCGCG